AAUUGGAAAGAAACCCAUAAACCCCCAGUUUGCACACAAAAAACGAGAAAGAAGCUCUCUAAGUUAUCAAAGAAGAAGCCACUGGAGCAUGUAAUUUUAUUAUCAAAAUUCAAGGACGUUAAUUUCAGCCCCUUUUCAUAUGCUUGCAGCAUUUAUGAAUUAUCAUAUCUUUGAUGUGAUUAUAUUUAUUCCAAUUUACCGGUGCUGGUGGAAUGUAGCAAGUAUUUGAUGGAAUAAUCGAGACGCGCGCAUGCUGCCCAUCACCACAAUCAUAAAAACAAAAAUCCAGCUAAACCAUUUGGAUCACGAGGUCUUAUUACGAUCCCUCUUAGCAAACCUUUUCCUAUUGGGUUGAUUGAUAGAAAAGAUUUACUCUCCGGUUGUAUGUUACAUAUUGCAUUAUCUCGGGACUCCUCUCCUCAAGAAAAACAAUAUCGAGAAAAUCGGCCAUGUGUCCGAUCAAUAUCCUGGUCACCUAUUGGAUUUGCUCCAAAUUCUUGUUGUUUGCUUGCAGUCUGCACUACUGAAGGACAUGUAAGGCUUUACCGGAUGCCAUUUCAUGAGUUUUCAGCAGAAUGGGUAGAGGUCAUGGAUAUAUCAAAGGAGCUGUAUAGUUAUCUCACAACUACCAAUUUCCAAGCAGCAAGCUUUAGAGCAUCGGAAGCUUCUGAUCCUAGUCAAGCUUGCUUUGAUGAGGGAUAUGCUGAUGACCUGCCAAUCUCUGUCAUGAGAAAGGAACUUAAGCGACGGAGACUGAAUGCAUUAACUGUGAUGGAGGUCAAAGCUUUCAGUCAGAAAGGGAAAAAUACUUUUAAUGCUCCUCGCUCAAAAGCAAAGUCUUCUAAGAAAGUAGUUGAAGAUAGCAGUCAAUCGCUAAUAACUGCAGAGGAAUAUGCCUCUCGCAGUGCAAUGAUGUCUUCACUUAUUGUUGCAUGGUCGCCCUGUCUGCCACAGACAUUUGGGUGUGGUAUAUCUACUACUACUGGCUUGACCAGUGACUGUUCUGUACUUGUGGUUGGAGGGAAGUCCGGCAUACUAUCAUUGUGGAGAAUUCAUAAACCAGAUGAGUACUCUAUCAUGAACAGACCCGACUCGAACGAACCAUUGCUUGUUGGACUUCUCAAUGCACAUGAUACUUGGAUCACAACAAUCAGUUGGGGAUUGUUCAUUUUUGAUGCUUCAGAUCCUCUGCUUUUAUUGGCUACUGGAUGUUCUGAUGGGAGGUAAAAGCCGCCGACUUUGCAAUGGCCUCUGUGGUUUCCUUCAGUGUAUCUGCGCAAUCACCUAAUAAAAUGCUCUUAGCCAUUGGC